AACCAACGAAUCACACUGGUUUUUUUAUACAAUGUCGUUUUCGGAUCUUAUCCCCGUGGUCAACAAGUUGCAAGACAUUGUCACCACCACGCAAGUGAGCGACUUGGACUUGCCGAUUUUGGCGGUGGUUGGAUCGCAGUCGUGUGGUAAAUCGUCGGUGUUGGAGAAUAUUGUGGGAAAAGACUUCUUACCUAGAGGUACUGGGAUUGUCACCCGAAGACCGUUGAUUUUGCAGUUGGUGAACUUGAAACCAGAUGAGUUCGCUGCCUGUAGCACCAGCCAGUCCAACAGCGAAAGUGACGAGUACUACAACGAUGAUGAAGACGAUGAAUUGAAGGAAAUCAACUUGGAAGAGCACUUGAAGAAGUUAACCAUGGCCAAAAAUGGUGGCCUGAAAGGUACUAGUAGGGUGUCGGCGGACGUAGAAUACGGCGAGUUCUUGCACUUGCCGGGCAAGAGGUUCUACAACUUCAAGGAAAUCAGACAUGAAAUUGAGAUUGAAACUAACCGGGUUGCUGGUAGCAAUAAAGGCAUCAAUCGCAUUCCCAUAAAUUUGAAAAUUUAUUCCACAAAGGUGUUAGACUUGACUUUGGUGGACUUGCCGGGCAUUACCAAGGUGCCUAUCGGUGAUCAACCAGGUGACAUUGAGAAGCAAACCAGAAACUUGAUUUUGGAGUAUAUUUCUCGUCCAAACUGUAUUAUUCUUGCAGUUUCCCCCGCCAAUGUGGAUUUGGUGAACCUGGAAAGUUUAAAGUUGGCUCGCCAGGUCGAUCCCACUGGAAAGAGAACGAUUGGAAUUUUAACCAAGUUGGACUUGAUGGAUGAAGGUACUAACGCCUUGGAUAUUUUGAAGGGUAAUGUUUAUCCCUUGAAAAUGGGAUUUGUGGGCAUCAUAAACAGAUCACAAUACGAUAUUUCCAUCAACAAGUCUUUGACAGACAGUUUGGGAGAUGAGGAAGCAUUUUUCAGAAACCACCAGGCGUACCGUACUAUUGCUAACAAGUGUGGUACCCGGUAUUUAUCGAUCAAAUUGAACCAGAUCUUAAUGAGCCAUAUCAGAGAGAAGUUGCCCGAUAUCAAGGCUAAGUUGAACACCCUCAUUGGACAAACUGAACAAGAGUUAAUCCAGUACGGCGGAAGUCCGCUUGAUGUCAUUGAAGACAAGUCGGUGUUGAUUCUUAAUUUAAUGACCAAGUUUGCCCAGAACUUUAUUAACUCCAUAGAGGGGACCAACAUCAAUGAAAUAUCUACCAAGGAGUUAUGCGGAGGUGCCCGUUUGUACCACAUCUACAAUGAGGUUUUUGGCAACGAUUUGUCGUUGAUAAACCCCACCCACAACUUGACAUUGAGAGACAUCAGAACCGCCAUACGCAACAGUACGGGUUCGCGUCCAUCAUUGUUUGUACCUGAGCUUGCGUUCGACUUGUUGGUAAAGCCACAGAUCAAGUUGUUGGAAGAACCCAGUAAAAAGUGUGUGGAAUUGGUGUAUGAAGAAUUGAUGAAGAUUGUGCACAAUAUUUGCAGCAAUGGGAUCGAAAUCAACCGGUACCCCAAGUUGCAAAUGAAGUUGAUCGAAGUGGUCAGCGACUUAUUGAGAGAACGGUUGGGACCUACCAUUAAGUACGUGGAGUCGUUGAUUGAAAUCAACAAAUCGUACAUCAACACCAACCACCCCAAUUUUGUGGGCGCUGCAACUGCUAUGCGAACGGUUUUGGAAGAAAAGCGUAAAGCCGGCGAAAUCUCCAAGAAGCCAGUGGUGGAGUCGGAUGACAGUGACGAAAUCGAAGAUAUCAACGAAAUCGACGAGGACCUUCCUUCGUCCAAGGUUAACGAGUCUGUGCAUAUUCAAGAAAAGGACCCUUCAGACUCGUAUCUCAACUAUUUCUUUGGUAAGGACCCCAUCACACAUCAACAGUACCUCACCACCCAGGCCCAGUUGAACCCUGCUCCGUUCAAGUUUCCUAACAGCCAUGAAACGUUGCCGUUGCAGUUCAAUAACGACUCUUCUUCGACGUCAUCGACCGCCACCAUCAUCAACAACAACAACGAGUCGUUUGAAAUCGACGAAGGCAUCAACGAAUUGAAUGAAAAGGAACAGUUGGAGUGCGAGUUGAUUCGCCGGUUGAUCAUCUCGUACUUUGGUAUCAUUCGCGAAAUCAUCAAGGACCAAGUGCCCAAGCUGAUUAUGUGUUUGUUGGUGAACUUUAUCCGCGACAAUAUCCAGAAUCAGUUGGUGAUUAAGUUGUACAAUGAAAAAUUAUUUGACAACUUGUUGGUGGAAGACGAAAAUAUCCAGAUCGAGAGAGAAAAGUGUUAUAACUUGUUGAAGACUUAUAAGGAUGCUGCUAAGAUCAUCAAUGAAGUUGUUUGAUAAGGGGUGGUUGUACCGGUGAGCCGGUUCUGUACAGUUGAUUCAUGUGAAUCGCGAUGUAAAUAGCAAUAAAUGUCUAACGGAGUUAAUAAAGGUUUU